AUCUUUCUCUGCAACUUAACUAUAAUACGAAAUUUCGCAUUUCGAUUUCCCAAAUUUCAAAUUCUCAGAUUUCAAUUUUCCAUUUUUAAAUUCAAUGGCGUUAAGCCAAAACUUGAAACCCACAAUUCUCAUAUCCUCCAUCUCCUGUAAUUCCUCACCUAACACUUCAUUUCCACUUUCAUUAAAAACCCAGACAGACUUGAGUUUCUUUAGUACUAUUCCUUCAUCAAUUCACAAUCUUCAGCGUCCAUUGCCAAUCCUAUCUAGAAGAGUCUUUCUCCCUUCAGUAUCUGGUAUCUGGGAUGCCUUAACUGGAGGUGGCGGCAACAACCCCCGUCAAGCUGUUUUGAAGAUUAGACGUGGAAUGUCACUCUUCAGGGAGGGGGAUGUUUUGGGGUCCUUGGCAGAGUUUGAUAAGGCAAUAGAAUUGGAUUCUCGUCAAAAGGCGUAUCUGUGGCAAAGGGGGCUAUCACUUUACUAUCUUGACAGGUUUGAAGAAGGGGCAAAGCAGUUUCGAUUAGAUGUUGCACAAAAUCCAAAUGACACAGAAGAGUCAAUUUGGUGCUUUCUUUGUGAAGCUCAGUUAUAUGGAGUUGAUGAGGCAAGGAAACGAUUCCUUGAGGUUGGCAGAGAUCCACGACCCGUCAUGCGAGAGGCUUAUAACAUGUUUAAAGAUGGUGGUGAUCCAGAAAAGCUUGUUACUGCAUUUUCAAAUGGCUCGGAGAAUGAGUAUUUCUAUGCUUCUUUGUAUGCGGGACUAUAUCAUGAAUCUCAGAAAAAAUUGGAUGCAGCCAAAUUUCAUAUAGUUGCUGCAUGCAAGUCUCUUUAUGGACAGAGGUCUGAUGAUUAUAUGGCAGCGCUUUCCAAGGUUCACUGUCUAUGUCGAAACUGGAGCAUCGACUGAAAUAUUUUGCAGCAAAACUUGGAAAAUACAAUUCUCAGUUCUUGUUCUUAUCCCAAUUUUGGAUGCUAUUCGGAAUGUUAAAAAAUCCUGACAAGGAAUUGUCGAGGUAGGUCGAACGACAUAAUAUAGUUUUAUUGGUUUUGUUGUAGCACAAAAGAAGAUGAAUUUAGGACUAGUAAUAUGAUGUUUGAAGGUUGACAUGUAAAAAGACGAAAAAAUAUUAAUGUUAAACUUCCAUGGAUAAAGCUGUGAAGUAUAAUUGAUUCAGAAGCCAAA